AUGCCUCCAUUUACACCAGAUGCGCGUAAUUUAGGUGGUAGGAACUUAAUAUCAUAAUAAAUAUGGAAUCAUUUAUAAUAGCUUAAAGAAAUAUCAUAACAAAUUCCUUAACUUCUAAUAUCUCCACGCAAAAUUCCUAAUUCACCUAAACAAAGUAUAGAAACUUUAAAUUGCAAGAGAAUGAAUAGAAAACAAGAUUAUUUACUAUGUCCAACUUAUUUAUUUAGAAGGAAAACAGUUUCUGAAAGUUUUACAUCAUUGAGUCCAAAACACAUUCAAGAUGAAACACAAUUACUUUUUCAAGAACCAUUACUUAGAAGGUAAAAGAAUAUCAAAUCUCCUCAAAAGAUCUUUCCUUUUAGUACUAUUUAAUUAGGAACGCUCUAUAAAAUUAAAGCUAACGAAAUUAAAAUAAAUAAAAAUCAUGAUCUCAUGUAAAAAUUCUUAAACAUCAUUAGAUAAUGGAAUGAAAUUGAAUAAGUCGUUAUGGAAUUAAAUAACAACUUUGAUGAAAUUUUGAUACAAAUUCAAUAAAUUAUUAUGGAUUUCGGGAUAUUUAGUGCAUAAGAUUAUCAGAUUCUAAUUCACAUGAUCUAGCGUCUUAAACCUUAAAUUCGCAAAGUGGAUUUACUAAAUAUAUUUAAUGAAUUGAUUAUUAAGUAAUAAUUAUAACUAUCUUGA